ACUCCUGAGGAGGAUUCCCGGAGUGACAAUGGCUACCUACAGCCUGGCAAACGAGCGACUACGCGCCCUGGAAGACAUCGAACGGGAAAUCGGCGCCAUCCUUCAGAAUGCAGGUACAGUGAUCCUAGAAUUGUCCAAGGAAAAAACCAACGAGCGGCUUCUAGACCGGCAGGCGGCGGCCUUCACCGCUUCAGUGCAACACGUGGAGGCGGAGCUGUCAGCUCAGAUCCGCUACCUCACCCAGGUGGCCACAGGGCAGCCCCAUGAGGGCUCCAGCUACUCUUCGAGGAAGGACUGUCAGAUGGCUCUGAAGCGAGUGGACUAUGCCCGCCUCAAGCUCAGUGAUGUGGCUCGAACCUGUGAGCAGAUGCUGGAGAACUAGGCCAGGAAGGUGGACCCAGAGCUCAGAGAGAGACCAUCGCCUGCACCAUGGGAAAGAAUCUGGGAACAUGUAGGAUGGGGAGCAUGGGCACCUACAUGCCCUGCUGCUCAAAGUACCCUUGAGGAGGCCGAGGCCGGAGGAUCAUGUGAGGUCGGGAGUUUGAGACUAGGUUGGCCAACUUCGUGAAACUCCGUCAAAGACAAAGGGGCAAAUGGUGGGCAUGGAAAAACUGAAGCCUGAGCCUACCCACAGCUAUGCCCUGGCCUCUCCAGCAGGGUGCUCCUGCCCUGUACUCCACCAACACCCUGACAGGCUCAGACAGAGAUGGAAACUCACACAUCCAACCCACUUCCUCAAACACUUCAUGCUCCUGCCCCAGGCUUCGCGCAGAAUUGGCCUAAUGAAGAUACAUUCUUCUUCACUGGGAGAGACAAGAACUAGAAUUUUAAUAAUAAAAGCAACAACAAUAAAAAAAAAUA